GCUUUACAUUUUCAGUUCGGUGUGUUUGAGUUCUUUUUCUAAAGGGUGAUUUUCAAGCGUUUUUAUUACACAACGAAAUGGCUUCUUAUUGUCUAUGCUAUGAGAUUUUGACAUUGUUUGACAAAUGGUACCGUAUGUCUCCGACGAUUGGCGAGUGGAGUGAAAUUUUUGUAUUUAAUUUCUGAGGAAGAAUGAGCCGCAAAUGAAAACAUGUCAAUUAGGGAUAAUCUUGCAGUACUGGGCUGGCACAUUAGUCAAGAAGGUUUCGAUACUAUUAGCGACAACGGAGCAAUUCAGGAUGUAGAUGUUCUAAGCAGACGUGCUUUAGACUAUGACCUGCGGGAUAUUGGCGAGGCCGCCUUUCCUGAAGACUUCCCGAAGGACCCGUCGAAGCUAGAGAAACCGAUCGUCGUUCAAAUACAAAAGAUUAGGAAUGUGUCGGCUCCAAAAGCUAAUGAAGAGUCAAAUUAUGCGCCUCGAAUGUUAAAAUUGAUUCUAAAUGAUGGGAAAAGUUCAUGCACUGGAUUGGAGACAAGCGCAAUCUCUAGUAUAAGUAUAAACACGCCGCCCGGAACCAAACUGUUGCUGAAGAAUGAGGGGUUGGAGGUGUGCCAUGGGGUCAUCUGGCUAACACCCAGUGUGGUCACUGUGCUGGGGGGUAAGGUGGCCCACAUGAUUGAGAAGUGGGAGUUGGUCCGGAGUCUUGCCAAGCACACUAGGGGGGGUGUUGGAGUGGAUGGAGGCCCUCCCCCCUGGAUCCCUUUUGGGCAACGUCUGGAGGCUGUCACUGUGGACAAGCAAUUCAAAAGCAUACAAGAGGCCUCUAAGCAGGACAAUGCUGAGUUUGAGGCACAAAGGAAAGGUGCUAUUGCUGAGGCCCAGAGGAUGUCUGGAGUUAAGAAGAUCUUUGGCGGAGGCACGAAACCCCUACUGGAUGCUAAUGUGCAGAAAAUCAUUGAUGCAGGCUUCACCGAGGAGCAGGCAGAGAAUGCUCUGCGAUAUACAAAGAAUAAUGUUGACCGAGCGCUAAGGAUGCUGCAAAAGAGAGACAACUCUGAGAAUAGAAGAGAGAAGCAGCAAAAAGAACCAGAGCAACCCAAGCGCAAGGGGCGGAACAAGGAGGCUAAUGAUGACGACAACAUCGCCGUCAAACCUUCCGGGAAAGUGUCUCUGUUCGAUUUCCUAGAAGAUAAACUACCCAAUGUUCCCGAUAAGGACAAAAGCAAUCGUCAAUAUAACAAUAACACUAAUGACGAUAGGGAAAGUAGGAACUAUAGGGACAGGGAUACAAGAGAUAGAAAUGGUGGCAAGAACAAUCAGCGGCCUCAAGGAUCGCGGUACGACGGCAACAACAGGCACCGGCCCGACAGAGGACACUACAAUGACGGCCAUCACUCACAUAGAGAGGACAGGAAAUAUCAGCCUCAAAACGAGAAACCACCUCGCUUUCAAAAAAAAUUGGAGGAAAAAAAUAAACAACAGCAACAGCAAGUGAAUUAUAAUUUAAACACUAAUCCAUACGUCAACUCUUAUCACAACCCGCCGCAGCCUCAAUACGGUGAUAGGAAUAUGAGGAACGACCGAAACAACGAUAAGAUGCAGCAACCUCAAUACCGGAACAACAACCACAUGGACAGCCUGACGGAGGCCACGUCGAACCUGAGCCUGCUGGCGAGCCAGCGGGCGGACGAGCGCGGCUACCCCGCCGAGCAGUACCACAAGCCGUACGUGCCGGCGCCGUCCCCCGCCGCCGCCGCCCCCGCCGCCCCCGCCGCCGCCUCCGCGCGGGACGUGCCGCCCUUCCGCCGCGCCGCCGACGCGCCCAACUACCAGGAGCCCUACCAGCGGCGGCAGCAGCCUAAUGGGUACAUGGAGACGGCGUGCCUGUACGGAGCGCCGGCCUCGGCGCCGGCGCCGGGCGUGGGGUACAACUACUCGCGGCCGCUGUACGGCCACGGGCAGCACGGGCAGCACGGGCAGCACGUGCAGCUCGGGCAGCACGCGCAGCUCGGGCAGCACGGGCAGCACGCGCAGCUCGGGCAGCACGGGCAGUACGCCCGCGAGCGCGGCCCGUUCCUGCCGGGCUCGCUGCUGGGCUUCCAGAACGCCGCCGUCAACGAGCAGGCGCGCGCCAUGCUGGGCGUGGCCGACAUACGCUGGAAGGUCGGCGACCGCUGCCUGGCGCUCUACUGGGAGGACAACAACUUCUACGAGGCAGAGAUCACCGGUAUAUCCGCAAAUACGGUGGUAGUGAAGUUCUGUGCAUACGGCAACCACGAAGAAGUCCUCAAAUCCAAUUGCCUGCCCUUCCCCAACCAAGCGGCCCCAGCAGCGGGCGGGGCGGGCGGGGCGGCCAGCAGCGGGUACCUGCGCGGCGGGCUCCCCGCGCGGCGCGCCUAGGGGCGCGGCGCGGCGCCCGGCCGCGCGUGGCGCAGCUGACCGUCGCCGCCAAGCCGCCUGCCCGACGACGACGGCAGACUUCUCCGCGUGCCGUGCGGCUAGGCUCUCCCGGGACAUUUUAUCGACCUUCUAUCGGUGACGUUGUCAGUGGCGGCCGAGGAGUGACGGAUUCCGUACUGCGGUCACGCUUAACUUGCGGUCCCGUAAUCGCUUUCCUUCGGUCGCCUGAUGGCAUGUGAAUGAUAUUCUUUAGGAUCUAAACACAGUGGUGACGAAACGUCGGCCGGCCUCUACGGAAACUCGCUUUAAUUUUUAGGGCGUGAGUCUUUAAGGCUCGACGGAGCCUAACUCGUAUCAAUAGUCGGUUGAUGUGUUACUAACUUGAAGUGAAUGUCCGAUUACUCGUACGACGUUUGGGUUUUACGCCUGACGAUGACGCCUAAAUCUAAAAUGAAUCAAACGGCUGUAGAACGAUCGUCGCUAUUUAUCAGUUACUAAUUAUUAUUUAAGCUUCUUUUCACACACAUCCAUUUUAUGAUUGCCUUUUUAUUUUUAUUUAUUGGUAAAAGCCUCCAUAUUUUCCCACUUCUGUUUGUCAGUUACUAAUUAUCCUUAUCUUAUAUUGCGAGACUUUGUAUUCGACCGCCCCUUAAGGUCUAAACACUUUAAUUAUUUUAUUAAUUCGUUUGUGUGAGAUGAACCGGCACUAAUUUUAACUUUCUAAUCAAUAUAACUUAUGCUACCGCAUAGCAGAAGUGCUAUGCCACAGACUGGACCAUCUACUGUACUUCUAGACACUGCGAACGAUCGGAAGUACAUAUAUUGCUAAAAAUAAAACGUAAAAAAUACUAAAAUAUCUAUGAGGCAAAAUAAGGCAAUGAUUAAUCACACACUUGAGAGAUGGAACGAUAUUUAUAUUAUGAUUUUCUGUUUCUCGAGAACUACAAUUGUGUUUCUUUUGGAUUCCUACUGAUUGAUGUCUUUUGCAUUUUGUUUUUUGAUUUCGAAAAACCCUAGAGAAACAGUGAAAAAGACUGGCACUGGCUGAGGAACUGGCAGUGGUGUUUGCGUACUGACAUAGGUUCAGUCUGAAUCUUUUCGAUAUGCAUUAUCUUUUUAAAUCGUACCUAAACGGAUAUCAAUACGGACUUUUGAACCUGGAGUUCCAAAAGAGGGAAUAUUGAAGCGGCAACCUUCCCACCGCCGAUGAUUACCUAUAGAGAAGUAAUUUUUUUUCAUAACGGGAAAAUGAUUUAUCUUAGAAAAUGUUAUGUUUUCGUCGACAGUGGGAGUAGUCUUCGAUCAAAGAUUAACACAUUCAGUGCCAGGAACCCUCGACAAGCGAGGUAAUUUUUGCUCAGAUGUUAGACAACCCACUCAACCCAUUAGGUGGGUUGCUGCUAUAGGUAGCCAUAGAUAACAACAGGCUACGCCAAAGAGCCCACCUAGCGGGCACACAGCACCACGGCCAGCAGGGUUGGCACCAGCAAAGAAGCUUUAAUUAUUAUAUUAUUUAGACAUGCAUCAAUACGUUUGAUAUUUCGUAAAUUAUACUAAAUCCUUUCAGAAUUGUGUAUGUAUGUUUUACGUUAUUUAUGUUUACAUUUAAAUUGCUUCGUAAAAGCGUCACACAGUGGCGAGACCAAGAACUAACAAAAUAAAAGUAACAGGAUGUUUGAUUAUGAAAGUUAGCACAGACCUGGCGCCUGCCUUAUACUGUGUUGAUUGUUAUGUGGCCUCGCGGUUUUUGUCCUGUUUAAUUCUAUGUCUGGCACUGAAUGUGUUAAUAUACGUAUCUCCUAUAUUACAUCAUGAUCACGAACAUAGAGAGUACUGGCUGCUCUCCCGUUGCGCGGACAGGUGCCAUAAGAUUAAACUGCACUUUCAUUCGAAGAUAUGACCCCUCACUGUUUAUCACUGACAGAUGUUCCGUUCCACACUUGGAAAGGUGAUGGCAGCUCUUGUAUAAUUUUCUUAUUAAGCGGCCUAACACGGCCUUUAUACUCGUAAAGGGUUGAACUAAUAGACAAAAGAAGUUCCGUUUGCUCGUCUCUUAGUUUACAAGCGACUUACUAAUAUUUUUCAGAGCUAUUUAUUUCUUAACGUAACUCGAAACCAACGUACCUAAAACAGUGAGAGACAGACAUUGACAGUGUUUGGCACGUGACAAAGACUCAACCUUUCUACUGUGCUAACCCUUUGCGUAAUAAAUCACAAAGAUUUUACUGUAAAAAUGCUUGUUAUUUGUUAAAUUAUGUGUAAAAAACAGGUAUCUCUCAAGGCUGGAUUCCACUAGUGUGCGGCGCAACCAUUCUUUUUACUGAAUAUGCUUGUGCCACACAGUGCCGCAUAUUGGUGGAAUCCCGCCUUUAUAUUAGGCUUGGCCGAGUCAGGUAUUUUGAAAACGACAAUUUCAAUAUUUCAAAAUAUAUGACAGGAUCUGUUACGCAAGGCUAAGAGUCCUGUCAAGUCAUGCUCCAAUAGGAAGAGGCACACUCUUAGACCAUUGACAUAAAUAUCUAAGGACGGGCCUUACGGUCACUAAGAGCACCAUUCUUAAACUUAAAAAAAGUAGUUCAGCGGUGUCAAUCACGAAUUCGUGUGCAUGACACCGCUGUACUGCUCCAUUCUUAUUGCUCGUAAGGCCCGUCCUUAGAUGUAUGUCAAUGCUCUAGACAAUCAAAAGACCCAAGCGCAGUCUCGUGACACAGAGUCGAAAUUUUCUAAUUUAGACUUAAAAGACUCGAGUUAUUCAAAUUACAAUCGUUGGGAGGCAACUAUCGGGAAAAAGACCAUGGCCCUAUUUGCUUGGUUUGUCUAUGCACUUCUGCGGCGCGGUUCUUUUUUCCUUCGACUGUCAACUGUCUCUAUUAUAACUUGUCCCAGAAAAUUACAACUGUGGGCUGUGGGCAAGCGGAGGUCAGAAUGUAUAAAGUAGCAAAGUCCUCAUUUAAGUCAAAUCUACAAUCUAAGUGAUCCGAUUGAGCUUAUUCGCGUCUGAACAAUUCCCUAUUAGAAUACAUAGUAAAUAGGUAUUCGGAGUUUCUUUCUCUACGUCUCGAUCACUUUUGCAUUAUCGGUGUUGGAGAUGGAGAUUCAGAACCUGGAAUUUAAAGAAACACUUAACGUUUGGUCGCUUCAAUCCAAGCUUCGUCGUGUUUUUGUUAUUCGAUUAUCAGUCAACGCCAUGAAGUUUGGAUAGAAAUAACCAUCAUAAUAUGAUCUGAAUUCAAUGCGGGGUCACUAGGGAAGAUGACUAUUGGCGAGAGCAUUUUUUUUAUAGAAACAUCGCUGGAGGAGCAUUAGUUGGUGGGUUAACUUAUAGUGUAACAAAAGGAUAUAACUCUCUUGCGAUAAUUUAUUGACUUGUAUGUAACCAAUCGUAGCACGUAGCUUGUAUAAGUGUAUUUUGUUGUAUUUUAGAGCAAAACAAUGUAAUAUAUUAAUUAUUGCAGUUUGAAGUCAAGAUGUUGUUUGAAAAGUAUUUUUAUUCACCUUAACCAGUGUAUACACUUGUGUUUUAAAGUUACUAGCAAUAAUAGCAAUCGUGAAUUAUGAAGUUUUAUUUGAAUAUUUUUUACAUUUAAUUUAUUUUACACCAGAUCUGUAAUAACUAUGUUGACACACCUUGUGUUGUCGGCAUAGUUAAUUCGCCCUAAUAUUAUUCACGAUAACGUUUGUAUCAUCUAAUUGGGCCUGUUUUUGGUGACCAACUUAAGAAAUGUAUAAGUAUAGUUAAGGUCUUAAUUUGUCUAUUAGUUAGGUAGUAUCAUUAAAAUGAUUCCAAUGUAUAUCUGAAGUAAUCUAAAAAUGUAAGUAAACCUGUUUCCUUACACAAAAUAAUUAAUUUAAUUGUCGAAGAUUUAAGGCUUCAUUAAGGCCUUAACUAUGCAAAAACUUUUAAAAUUUGCUUAAAAUCCUAUGUUUAAAAACAAUUAACUCAUACCUUUAAGAGGGGGCGAUAAGUCCGGAAAUAGAAGGGGACAAAAGAUAUGGCGCGCCGCGCGAAACUUGCGAUGCAAGAAAUGGUCAUAGCGCGAGUUUUGACCUUUUAUUUCAAUUACUCUAAAAUAUACUUCUUGUUAUAUUUUGCUUGUCAUGUCCCUCUGUUUUACCACCAGCUAUUUUAAGUACGACGAAAAAUUCGUGUAAAAAAUCAAUAUAAAAACUAUGAUAUUGUGUUAGCCCCCUCUUAAACAGUUGUAGACGGUCCAGUUGUAAUCUCUGUGCGUGUCGCCUAUGUGCGAGCGGGACGCACUAAUUUCGGUCUCCGAAUUCAGUCCCACGUUUAAAGAAACCUAAAGUAAAACAUUCAGUUUUUCUUUUUAAUUAUGAAGUGUAGUUUGUCAACGGUUAGAUUGAACACGUUGCUUCGUUGGAUACAUUUUGUAUAGGUAGAUACCAAUUUUAUGUUAAGGUAACCCUUUAUUAACAAAAAAGCUAUUAAAAGAAAGUGUACUA